AUGCCCACGUGCGUUUUGUUUGGCCUUCGCCGGCGCUGAAUUUAUACGAAUUUACACGAAUUUCCAAGGAUUUACAAAGAUUUCUUGCUCUUCAGGACACCAGCAACUGCGGCAACAUGGUCUUCUUUACGUGCAACGUCUGCGGCGAGUCGGUCAAGAAGCCGGCUGUGGAGAAACACUACCAGACGCGCUGUCGCAACAGUGAGAAGAACGUGUCCUGCAUGGACUGCCUGAAGGACUUCUACGGCGAGGAGUACGUUGCCCACACAAAGUGCAUCUCAGAGGCGCAGAAGUACGCCAGCCAGAGCCAGGGUUUCGUGGUCAAGGAGUCGCGCAAUAAGAACGCUCAGAAGCAGGAGAGCUGGAUGGACAUCAUCCGUGCGAUCCUCGACAACAGCGAAUACAAUCUAACGCCCGCCCUGCGCUCCUCCUUCCAGAAGCUCCAGAGCGUGGACAAUGUGCCGCGCAAGAAGGCCAAGUUCGAGAACUUCGUGGGCAACUGCAUGCGGAUGCCGCGCCAGCAGGCCGCCCAAGUGUGGGACAUACUCGAGAAGGAGUUGAACAAGAUGAAGGAGGCCAAGCAGGCGGAACUGGCCAGGAUAAAGGCGGAGAAAUUGGCAGAAAUACAGAAACAGCAGCAGGAAGAAAAGGAGGCUGAGGAGGCGCCUCCGAAAAAGAAGUCUAAACUAGAGGAGCCCACACCCGAGGAGGAAGCCACUAAUGGCACCUCCGGAGACUUCGAUUGGUCCGCCCAGCUUACCAAGAUUGUUGGCAAGCAGGCAGAUGGCAUUUUCCUGGAAAAACUGCGCAAGAAGCUUCUCAAGAAGUACGCCAAGCAUUUGUCUGUGGAGGAUUUGAGCGAAAAGCAAGCCAAGAAGUUCCAGAAGCGAUUCGACAAGCAACUGAAGCUCUCCGAGGCCCUGCGAGUCGACGGCGAUCUCGUUAAAGUUGCUAGCUAGCGGAGCAAGCCAACUUUAGUCGUAGUUAAGUUAUAACGAAGGACAAUAAAUGU